AUUAGGUUAAGAUGGCGGAUUCCAAGCAAUAGAUAUCUGGCCACUAAUAAUUCCGAAAUAAAUAACGUUACCACAAAUGCAUAGAUUACUGAGCCACGAAUUUUCGCGAAAAUGACAUUUUUCUUACGAUACUUUGUACAGAUCAUUUAUAGAUUCGCAUCAUUUACAGAAGUAGCGUGAAAAUGUGGGUACAACAAGGGAUUUGGCCGCCGUAAACACGCUUCCGAUCGAGUGCUACAAUUUUCGUUAAUUUUGCCACGGCGGCAAGCACUCCCCUUUAGUAAAUUGUAAAUAAUUGUAAAUUAAGUACCAGGCAACGAUACGUCAGCACGAAAGGAUGCUUUACUUGGAAGAUUAUGUCGAAAUGAUUGAGCAUCUACCACAAGAAUUAAGAGACCGAUUCACAGAAAUGAGAGAAAUGGACUUAGGUGUACAGAAUUCAAUGGACAGUUUAGAAAAAAAAGUAAAAACAUUUUUUUCAAAUGCAAAGAAAAUGAAACCUAGCGAAAAAGAGGCAGAGUACGAAGCCAUUAGAAGAGAGUAUUACAAAACUUUGGAGGAUGCAGAUGAAAAGGUGCACUUAGCCAAUCAGAUGUACGACUUAGUAGAUAGAUAUUUGAGGAGAUUAGAUCAGGAAUUGCACAAAUUUAAAAUGGAAUUAGAAGCAGAUAAUAAAGGUAUUACAGAAAUAUUGGAAAAGAGGUCACUAGAGUUAGAUCAACCACCAACAAAUAGUAGUCAGAAAGAAAAUCGGUAUAGCUUUACAUCAUCCAGUAGGUCACGGGACAAUCACAGUCAUUCUCGGGCAGAGAAAAGAAGAGAUUCAAAUGCAUCAUCUACUUCGAUAGAAAAACGCUUAGCUAUAGAAAAAAUAUCUCCAAGUCUUCCUGAAUCGCGACCAGCUUCCGCAAAUUCAGGACCAAUUAUCGCCGCUACUAGCGUGCCAUCCACUCCUACUGCAAUCGCGAAUUCUGUUGGCUCUGUAAGCUAUAAUCUUGGUCAUAUAGGAGCUGGUGGAAAUGCCAUAGCAGCUGCAGCUUCGCAAGCUAUCGCUGCAACACAACAGAUGCAGCAUGGCAGACGUACUGCCAGUUUAAAAGCUAGUUACGAGGCCAUCAAUACUGGCGGUGUACACGCGGCUGAGUUUAGUAGAGAACUGGCUGGUGCUGCUCAAACCGCUAUUGCAGCUAUACAAGAAACAACAAAGAAGCAUAAAAAAAAAGUAACAACUGCUGUUCCAAGUUCAAGCGUUGUUGCUGCCGCCGUUCAGCAACCAGUAUCACCUCCAGUUAUAACUACAAAUACACAAGUAGUGGAUUCGGAUAAUCCAGAUUGGACGUAUGAUCCAAACGAACCAAGAUAUUGUAUAUGUAAUCAAGUAUCUUAUGGAGAUAUGGUUGCCUGUGACAAUUCAGAUUGUCCUUUCGAAUGGUUUCACUAUCCAUGUGUGGGUAUCACUGCACCGCCAAAAGGCAAGUGGUACUGUCCUCAAUGUACAUCUUCUAUGAAGAGACGCGGAGGUCGGAAAAACUGAUUGUACUAUAAUCAGUGCAAAUACAAGGAGAAAAAAUUGAUACUACCUCUUAGGCACUGUCCGUCAAGUACCAACUUAGUUAGGAAGCUAUUAAUUCUGAUUUUAUAUGACUUUUUAAAUACGUUUAAAGUUUAAGUCAUGAUCUUAUCUGGUCUUGGUCUUGUCUCACGAAACACGAAUUUCUGUUUCAAAAGCAGAAAAAAUAAAAGGCAGUUUUUUUUUUACUGCGUUUUUCGUAGGCGUAACGAAACGAUCAGAUGGUGCAAAAAGUGUGCUUCGAACAAAUUCCGUUACGAAAAAUAUAAAUAUUGCAAAUAUUUUUUGUACUUUUUGCACCAUUUCAUUACCGCGAACACAUUAGAUAGUUUCUACAAAUUUACAAAUGAAUUGCAAUCGUCCCUCUGGACACGAUACCACUCAUUGACUGAUACCAGAGGCGAUUCUCACGAUGAAUUUUUCGAAAUUUAAGUUUUUAGUUCCACGCGAUGUCAGACAACUUUCGAGCAAUCUUCGUGUAUUUACGUACUUGUAUUAGUUCAGAUGUGCUUAGUGUCUCGCUGGAUUGACGACUGUGCGAGCAAUAACAUUUUAAGUGUUCCACGCUUUCGGGGAGAAAAACGGAAAAAAGAAAAAAAAAGAAAGAGAGAAUAAAGUCGAUACAAACAGAUUGCGAGAAUACUACUUUCGAAUCGAAGAAAUGUAGCAACUUGAUGUAUAAAUAAAGCGAAUGAUACAGAUUUA